ACUUAUCAUAUCUUUAAAAGGCAAGAAAAAAAGCAAAAUAAUUAAUUACCAACUUUAGUCUGAUUAAAAUUAUGUAAUAAAAAGUAGUGUUAAGUUUUAACGUUUUGGUUCAUACCGUAAUCUGAGAAACUCCCACACCGAGACUAACACAGACAAAUCCAAUCCGAUGAAAGCUCUCCUCAGCCCCGAACCUUCCUUCUCCAUCUCGUCGCUUCAGAUCAAGAGGCCUACCUACUCCGACGCCCUGCCUUCCUCAUGCCUCCGGUUCCCUUUAACCGAUUUCAACGGCCAUCCGCGGCGGCGGAAGCUCCUCCCUCACGGUGGUGGUUUGAAGAUGAAAGCAGUGUUGGACUCUGCAAUGAUGGAGCAGUUUGGGCUCAAGGAGUCUGAUAUCAAGAAUCCGGCUCUUUCUUCCACUUACCGUAGAUCGGAGAUUCCCAAAGCUAACCCUACCGUUCUUGACGCGCAAGCUAGGGUUUGCACCGGACCUACUCAGACAAGACCCCUCAGUGAAGAACAGGCUUUCAAGGUGUUUGAUACUAUACUCAGAUCAGCUAGAGGGGAACUAAAAGGAGAAGAGCCAGUUUCAAAGGCGCAGCUUGGUGCAUUCUUUGCUGGGAUGACAAUCCGUGCAAACGCAUUUCCUGAGGAGACUCAAUGGAGCGAAGGCGAAAAGCGGGCGAUGGAUGUGUUCUGGCCGCUCCUGGUCCGGGCGCUACCUCCUGAUGUGCUCUUCAUUGCAGACCCUGAAGGCUCACUUUUGGGUACUAGCAACUCUGUUGGGCCAAGUUUUGUCGGCAAUGAAUCUAAGGAGAUGAGGUUGGUUGGUGCGCUUAGAGAGGUUUUGGCAGGUGGUCAUCUUGGGUAUGAAGAGGUCAAGGGUGUUUUAAGAGACGUUCUGCCGCUUGGAAGUGAAGAUGGGGGGUUAGCCUCUGGAGUGAGCGAGUCGUUGCUUUCGGCGUUUUUGAUCGGUCAGCGUAUGAAUAGAGAGACGGAUCGUGAGCUUAAAGCUUACUGCCUUGCCUUUGAUGACGAGCUUGGGGGUGCUUCUGUUGCUGAUGUCAAGUCGUUGACACAUUAUGGGGAGCCUUAUGAUGGGAACACUCGGUUCUUUCGGAGCACGCUGUUUGUGGCUACUGUUAGAGCUUGCUAUGGUGAAUCGUCACUGCUCCAUGGCGUUGAAUGGAUGCCUCCGAAGGGGGGUGUGACUGAGGAGCAAAUGCUGAAGUUUAUGGGAGCAAAAACAAGCUUGUCUGUUCACCAGGCAAAAGAACUCAUCGAGGAUGAGAAGGCUGGAUUUGCAUAUCUUAGUCUACGGGAAGCUCGGCCAUCUUUAUAUUCGCUAGUGGGAAUGAGGGAGCAUAUAAAGAAGCGUCCUCCUCUGGCAACAACGGAGAAAGUUCAGCAGUUUGUAAGGGCGACAGGGAAGGAAUCAAUCGUGGCGGGGUUUUACCACGAAGGCUACGAAGAGCCUCUCCUAAUGCUUAUGAGAAGAAGAGGUGUUCAUUCUGGUUUGGUGGUUAAGGGAGAAGAAGGGGCACUCUCAAUGACAACAAGGGUGCGAGCUGCAACUGCAUCAAAAGGGUUUCCAGUUAACUACUGUUCUGGUUUCCGUUCUUUGAGUUCAGAAACCGCUCUAGAAGCUGACGGGGUGUCACGUCAGAGUUUCAACCUUGAGGUGGACGCAAGAAACUACGGGUUUGAGCCAACAGAGACUCCAAGAACUGAUCGUUCGGUGUCCAAGAACAUAGAGCUUGGUCUGGCAGCACUUCGUGGUGGGAAAGGAGCUGCUUAUGAUAGAAUCGUGCUAAAUGCUGGGAUUGUAGAUCAUUUAUUGGGAUGUGACGGUGCAGAGGAUGUGGUUGUGGCUAUGGAGAGAGCAAAGGAAGCUAUUGACAGCGGGAAGGCUCUAAAGAAGCUUUUGAAUUACAUUGAGAUCUCACGCAAGAUGAAAUAGCUCCUCCCAACAAUCUUGGAGUCUUGACAUACACGGAAUAGAGAAUUGCAUACACCUUUCCCUUGAAUCUUUUUUUGUGGACAAAUUAAACUCUCCAAGUCUGGAGUGUUGCAAACUGAGUGUUGUUUUCUUACAGAGUGGACACAUAAGAUAAAAUGCUUGUGGGGGCUUUUCUGUGGAUAGUUGGUGAAUGCUAUGUACAGAAUCUGGAGGAGAAAUGUUUAUUUCUCAUGUUUGUGUGUGUUUUUAGUGAUUCACAAGAAUUCAGCUCA